AUGGAAUCAAUUCCCCAGGCCCUCUGGAACGCCCAAAUCCCUCUCCACAUAAUCCACCCCUCAAGCCCAAACACCCCUCUCAUUACCUCUCUCCCGCGCUUCUCCUACCUUGCCUUCCUCGUCCCCCGGUGUUCCGCCUUCUUCCGCACCCCCGUAUCCGCCUUUCACCAUGAGGAUCUCCUCCUCCGGAACCUGCCUCUGGGGCUCCUAGUCGAUCUUUAUCAACCAUCUCUCCCUUGGCGUCUCACCGUCAGCGAUGGUGAUAGCUGGGACAUUGGCGACACCUUUCUAAACUGCGUCAAAGAAGCCGAUUUUGUACGCUACGGCAACGCGAAGCGUAUAAUGUCUCUAUCAAAAGCAGAUACCUCAACCCUUUGGCACGCCGUCCAAGACAACGACUACGCCUCCUUCUCAAAGAUCAACGCCAUCCUCCUCAACGCCCCGACCCCCUUACGCCACGUCCCUCUGAGGGUCUACAUUCCCUCCUCCCCGCCGCCCACGGGGUCAUCUUCAUCAUCGUUGUCACCUGCGCCUACCGCCGCCGCCGCCGCCGCCUCUCCGAAACCGCCAGCCUCUCCAUCACCGAUCCCAGCCUCGCCGCAACAGCCGCUGCCACCCACUCAGACAGCAGCGCCGCCCGAGGCCGCAGGCGCAUUCAAGGUCCUCCAGACCCUCGUAUCUCCCAUCGUCGCGGGCACCCGCAACACCAAGCAGACCCUCGGCCAAGCGCUCCGCGCUCACAUUCCCACGUUGUUCCCUUCCAGUCGCGAUCCUGUGCUCGCCACCGUCGUGCUCCACGGUAGUUCCGUGCCCUUCUCUGCUCCUCUCGAGGACCUCAUGAGAGAGGCUGCGUACCCGGAUGGCUGGAUCAGUCUGGCUGUCGUUUUGUUGUGA